AAUGACAGCCAAACGAUGACAAGUUGUGGCCAACAGUCCUUGAAUGUGCUCACGGUCAUUCUCUCAUUGCUGUUCUCAGCAGCGCUGUCCGCACACUUCAGAGUCUGUGAGCCCUACACCGACCACAAAGGUCACUACCACUUUGGUUUCCAUUGUCCCCGGCUUUCCGACAACAAAACUUUCAUCCUGUGCUGUCACCAUAACAACACGGUCUUUAAAUACUGCUGCAACGAGACGGAGUUCCAGGCGGUGAUGCAAUUGAAUCUCACCAGGCAAUCCGAAGGCUACAUGCAUAACAACUACACAGCCUUGCUGGGCGUCUGGAUCUACGGCUUCUUCGUGGUCAUCUUGCUGGUGUUGGACCUUUUGUAUUACUCGGCCAUGAACUACAAUAUCUGUCGAGUUUACCUGGCGCGAUGGGGGAUCCAGGGGGCGUGGAUGAAGCAGGGCCCCGGCCGCUGGAGUAAGCCGGCGCAGGGUCCGAGCCCCGCUCAGCCUCCCUCCCCGGGAGCGGCGCCCCCAGCCCCUGCUGCCUCUGCCUCUGCGGCGCCCCCCUCCCAGGCAACACACGCCGUCAGAGGAGACAUGCUAAGCCCACCGCCGCUCAUGUCCUUUCCGAGCUCCUCUGCCUGAAAAACUUGCUGCCGUGCCUCGGGACGGGAGAGGGGAGAUUACAAAUCCACGGGCAGCUUCCAGAAGGAAAGACAUCCAGGGGACAGAAGGACCAGCCAAGUGGACAGUGGCUGGUGGCGCGGUGCUCACCUCUGUGUGACCCUUCAGCUGACUUAGGAAAUGAUGCUCUGCGGUGAAGAAGGGUGCCCAGGACAGCAGUCCAUAAGCAAUAUUCCCAUUGUAGACUGAGGGCACCAGAAAGACGUUGGCAUCUUUACCAAGGGACUCCUGGCAGCAGCCAGGCCAGUGCCACUCUGGCCAGACCCAAGGGAAGAAGGAUUACAAAUGGUUCGAGUCACCUUCCUCCGCCUCCCCAGUUUCCAGUAGUCACCAAAUCAAGCUUAAUGUAAAUGUCAGAAUAUG